UUCAGCCCUGCAUCCUGGACCGAUGUGUUCAAUGCCAUGCCCACAAUCUGCUUUGGUUUCCAGUGUCAUGUCAGUAGCGUUCCAGUUUUCAACAGCAUGAAGAAGCCAGAAAUCCGGCCCUGGUGGGCAGUUGUUACAGUCAGCAUGAUCAUCUGCCUCUUUGUGUAUACAGGCACAGGUGUCUGUGGCUUCCUGUCAUUUGGCUCAAGCGUAAGCCAGGAUGUUUUGAUGUCAUAUCCAUCUGAUGACAUUGCGGUGGCCAUUGCUCGAGCCUUCAUCAUCAUCUGUGUUGUUACCUCAUAUCCAAUCCUGCACUUCUGUGGAAGGGCAGUGCUGGAAGGUUUGUGGUUGCGUUUUAAAGGAGAGGAGGUGGAGACAGAUGUGGCCAGGGAACGGAGACGGAGAAUACUGCAGACAGUCGUCUGGUUUUGUCUCACAUUAAUUCUUGCUCUCUUCAUUCCUGAUAUCGGACGAGUGAUUUCACUAAUUGGUGGUUUGGCUGCAUGCUUCAUUUUUGUUUUUCCAGGGUUGUGCUUGAUUCAGGCAAAGCUUUCAGAGCAUGAUGUCAGAUCAACCAGUUGGAAGGGAAUGGUGGCCUAUGGGGUUGUUAUGGUUACGAUUGGUGCUUUCAUCUUUGGCCAGACGACCACAAAUGCCAUCUACCAAGAUAUCAUCAGUCAACCCAGCAGCCCAUAGACGAGUUGUUGUGACCUCAUGAAUAUUGGGCUGUGAACCAAUAGAGACAAAUUAAAAACAAGGGAAAAAAGCCUGUCCAAAUCACGUCUACCACUGACCUCUAUCCAGUCUUCAGGAGACUGUUGCAAAUUUCUCAUAUUGUAAAGUGCAGCAGUCCCACAGAAGUCUGUACCUCUUGAUGUAGUGGAUCAUCCACCUGCAUGCAGCAUCAAGCUCUCUGCUCUGGUUGUUUGUGAAUGGAGGACCCCUGUGCAGGACACUAUACUUCACUAUUUUCUGAAUGGAUAUGGACAUUGUGUUAAAUCCUCCAGUGUUAGAUCUUCCAAAUAUAGCCUCUUUCUUUUGAAAUGUAA